CUCCCUGCAGCGAAUGCAGCCGAGCCAGACGCCCGCGGGAGGCUUGGACCGGGCCCCUGCGGUGGGUGUUGGCAGAGACCCCGGCAGCCUUUGCAAAACACAGGAGCGGUUCAUUAGUCCCCUGGCUACAGACUCCUCAGGUUAGCACAGGGAAUCAAAGGUUAAGCCACAGCCCAGCCUGGCCAAGCCUGGGCAAUGAGCCAGCCAAGACGUCACGGGCCCCAUGGCUGGCUCUGGCUCUGUCCCAUUGUUCUUAGGCCAAGGUGACAGCUGCUGAGACCCCGCAAAAGCCGGCUCUUACCUCGUAUCCUGACCCCUCGUGGACGCUGUUCUUCAGCUGGGGGCCUCUCGGCUGCAGAGCCGUGAGGGGGGAAUCUCGCUCGCUCGGUGUGAACGUCCGUCCCAGCCACUGGGGUUCCAUGGUCUCUCCAGACCCUCCUGGCGCGUGUGUAGUUUAUUCCCUUGGUUAAUGAUGCUGGUCUCCAGCCAGGCUGUUACAUGAGUCACAACCCGUCCCUUCCCUUCACACGUUGCGCAGAGCAGUACAGGAUGCAGAGGGAAACUGAGGCACACAUGGGACUCAGAAAGAUACUACAGAAAGCUUCUACUUUGUCACACAGGCCCCCUGCCCUGGGUUAGGGGUAGCAGCAGGAGGGCAGGCCCCUCCCCCAGGGUAGAGGUAGCGGGGGGGCCUCCCCCUGGGCCGCCUCCUCACUCGCCCCCUGCCUCUCAAAGUCCAAAUCCAGCACCAAUGCCUGCUGCUCACCCAGCGUAGCCGCCAGGAGCUGCCCAUCCAAUCAGAGCACAAGCGGGCUCUGUGCCAGCCAAUCUCAGUAUGGGCAGGUUUUGCGUAAAGCUAAUGAACAUGUGGGUGGUUCCAUAGCAGCCAAUCACAGUGUAGGACAGCUGGGUGCCUGCCAAUCAUGGCUCUGACCACCACCACCUCCCACCCCCCGGUUCUGAAUUUCCUCCUAGUCCUCGCCAUGGCAGAUGGGGGAGGGAGGGCGGGGAAUGCAGUGGCUGGAUCCCAUCCCAGUUUCAAACCCAAAUGUUUUGGGGUGGCAAAAGGGGGCUGAGGCUGCAUGAAAAUUCCCCACUGCGCCCUGCUAGUGUCAGCGACCAGACCCACCCUAAGGGUGGAUGGAUGUGAGACUGCUCUGAGCUGUGUAGUGCAAGGGUGAGGUGGAUUAGAGCCAGCGGUCAGCAUGCUGACAGUGCCUGGUAGGACAGGGAUGGGGAAGACGCUGUGGCGUCUAUGGAUAGCAUUUGUGGGUUCAAACUUCACCGGGACAGUCACUGGGUAAAGUGACCCUGCCCAGUGAAGUGCUGCAAUAAAGUAGGAAUUUUCUGUAAUAUUUUUACAACACUAUGUGUGCCUCAGUUUCCCCCAUGUGUUGCGUGGCUACCCAGUUGUGGGGGCGAGGGGGAGGAUUAAGUUUACUCUCAGGGCAGGCUAAGAGACAUAGGGGUGGGUGUCACCUCCCUGUGACGGUGGAAUAAAGGGUCCUUAAGGAACUUCUUGUAAUCAACUUAGAUCGCCAAGGGAGCCAGAGAGACAAGUCAAGUGCUGAUGACACCUCGAUUUCCCCACCUCUGGAGACCCCAGCUCGAGAGCACAGGACUGGGAGGUGGGGGGUGCUGGACAAAGAUGGAGGCUCUCACCUGGAGCUGGCCAAGGAGGUGUCCCUCGCACUGUCCUGCUGGAAGCUGUGAAGGCCCAUCCCAGCCAGCGAUGCUGAUCCUGAGCUGUCCCUCCAAGCUGCGGCUGCUGGAGGGGAUGCUACGGCGGGGCCUGCCUGACACACUGCCGAUCCCCAAGGGGGCCAGAGAGACAAGGCAAGUGCUGCCGACUCCUGGAUUUCCUGCCUCUCAGCUGGGAGGCUGAGCAGAGACCCCAGCUCGAGAGCACAGGACUAGGAGGUGCUGGACAAAGAUGGACGCUCUCACCUGGAGCUGGCCAAGGAGGUUAGAGAGAGACAGAGACAGCCUGGAAAGGGGCUUUCACUCCAGCUUGGUUGGGCCCUGGCUGACCGCAAUGGACACUGCUUUACCCCCAGUUCUCUCUGCUGACCUAAGGCCGCUCCGUGACUCAUAAACUGGCCUGGCUUGACAAUGCUGCCGGGUGUCACUGCAAACCCAGGCUGGGGUGUGGGAGCCCCCGAAGAGCGGCCAGGUCUCUCCAGGGGUCUGGCUCAGUGGGAGGCACCGGGCAGAGCUCACGGGGUGGAGCAGGAGGGCUGGAGCCCAGAGGCUCCAUCUCAGAGGCCCUGGCCUGCUCUGCAGAAAGAGUGGGGCCCCCUGGGCGGCUGGCACUUUGAGGGCUCCUCCAAGGGGCAGCGUAAAAGCUGGGGCCCAGCACCGAUCCUGGGGAACCGGGACAUCCCCAGACUCUGACCCCUGUGUCUUGGCAGGUCUACGGCACGGUGAUGCAUGUGAACCGCGGGAACCCGGCUGGCCAGGAGGUGCUGGUGGAUUCAUGGCCAGAGUUCAAAAUGGUCCUCACCCGGCCACGCAGAGAAGUGGCGCGGGACCCAAGUGAUUUUUUCACCAACUUGUACUCGGCCUUUUACCGGGACGAGGGCGCCUGCCGGGCCCUGCUGGGGAACAGCCGCGCCGUGGACUGGGGCCAGGCCUUCCAGAUACUGGGGCUGCAGGACGGGGUACAUGAGACCUUCAGCGACAUUGCCAGGGCCAGGGGCCUUGAGAUGGAGACGUAUCCAUACCGGCCACUGCUGCACCCAGACCCACCUGCCAUGCCCCAGUACCGGCCUGACAGGGGGCUCAGGCUGGCCCCCGUGUCCCCCGCCCACGCCAUGCUGCUCAGAGACACCUGGACGUUUGGAGGGAACAGUUGGAGCCUGCGCUACCUGAGCCGCCUGAUCCGCCACUUCCCCAGCGCCAGCCUGCUGGACCCUGAGGGGACCCCCAUCUCCUGGUGCCUCACCGACCCGCUGGCUGCCCUGACACACGGUUACACCCUGCCGGAGCAUCGUGGCCAGCACCACAUGAGGGCCGUGGUGGGGACGCUGGCAGCACAGUUGCAUGCCUGCGGCUUCCCUGUUUACGCUGGGGUGCUGCCCCACAACGAGCCUUCGCUGCACGCCCUGCAACGCCUCGGCUUCCGCAUCCUGCCUGGGGUGUUCUACCAGCUGGUGGUGAGGCCCGGGUUCGCCCAGUCCCAGCCAGCCAGUGCCCUGGACUCGGCCCAGGACCCUGCGCCCAGCUCUGGGGAAGGGCCACGCACCCAAUAGGACAGGGGGAGGGGAGAGGCAGAGAAGGGGACACGGCCUAGAGCCCUGCACCCAGCUCUGGGGGACAGCCAUGCUCUGCCAGCACGUAGCCCUGGGGGAGGGGAGGAGCUGGGGACAUGGCCCAGCCAUGCCCAGGGACCUGCCACCCCCGAGAAGGGGACACACUGACCAGGCACCAGGGGAGCUCAGCUGUCAGCCCUUGGGAAGCCGGGGCCUGGUGGAGGAGAGUAGCUCAUGCUCCAUUAUCACCUGGCAGUCAGGGCUCAGCAGGGGGCGCUCUCCGCUCACAGUGCUGCCUCCGUGCCCUAUGCUGUGGGCUCAGCAGGGGGCGCUCUCCCACUCCCGCUCCCUUCCCCACUGUAGAGCCCUGCUGGGCCCGAACACAGGGAGGAGCAUCCGCUCUUCUCCCUUCCCCCAGAAUGGACGUCCUCAGCCCUGGGCAGGCGACCUGCCCCCUGGCAGCCCCAGUGCACAGGCUGCUCCUCCCCAUGUAGCUGGUCCCAGCUGCAGCCCCAGUGAGCUGUGGGGUUGGGGGGAGGGGACUCCCCACACACAGCAGACGUGCAGGUGCAUGCAGGACCUUGUGGCUUCCCCAGGACCCCGCCUGGGCGGACUCACUGUGGGAAGCGCAUGGAGGGGCAGAUGCUGAAUGCUCCAAGGUCAGACCCAGGAAGGUGAAGCCGGGUGAGCUUUUUGCCCUGGAGACAGUCUGCUCCAAGGGAGAGGAGGCUCCCCAACGUCCUGACUGGCUUUGUGGGGAGCAGUUCCAGAGCAUCGCCUGGGGACUCCAUGUCAUGAGAGAGAGAGGGAAACGCAUUGAACAAGGAGACCGCGCGCCCUGCCACAGCCCAGACCUCCAUCCCCAGACACAGGGGGCUGCCUCUGCCCCGAUUCCCCGCACCGAACCUGCACGCUGGGCUCCACCAGUGCCUGAAACCCAAACUGCCCCCAAGUGGCUCACGGCCGCUGCUAGGACAGGCUCCUCGGCCGGGACAAAAAACCCAAACCCAACCUUCUCCGGCCCACUAUAAUGGGAAGUCUGGAACACUAAUUAAAAAAGAGGUGGAGAGUUAGGAUACAGAUAUUCAGGCCUGUCGGCAAAGGCCUAGACUUUAAGAAUGUAGGUGUAUUCUUAUCACUUAGCUAGUUAUAGGGGUACAGAACGAGAAUCAAAAUCACAGUCUGCUUGUUUAUAGGCCUUCUCUCGCUGUGCUAGUCUGAGGCCCUGUUCUUAGCCUAAGGCCUUUGGCUAAGCAGCAAAGGCAGCCAUAAGCUGGGAAGCAAACGGUCACGUCCUCACCAGUCACCCUGAAAUAAGGCAGCUUUGGGCUGUUCAAAAGGUGAUCCGAGCUGUCACCUCCAGAGAAAGGGAAGAGCCUAGAAGAUUUAAAGAAAACUUAGUUUGGUAGCAUCCUGUCUGGCAAGAACUCACCAAUAGCUGGGGUGUGAAAUCCUCAUUUCUUUGUUGUUCUGUCA